CCUCAAAGCGGUGAGUGUAAUUUACUCUGGAUUCAUUGUUUCGCUUUUGAUACUCCCCUAUUUGAUUUCGUUGUUGGUCUUUUAGUUUUCCUAGCAGGCUUUCCUCUUCGCUGGCGGCGAACUAUUACGCAAUGCAUUUUUUUAUCUGUAAGAGACGGAGCAAAAUCUCAAAGGUUUUUCUUUCUUCAUUUCCAUUCCUCCUUCGAUCAAUUAUAUAGUAUUAUAUUAUUCUCUCUUUUUUUAUCAUUGCUAUAAUUUUACUUUCUUCCUUGGCUUUUCUAUGUUCAACUUCCUUCACUUUUGUUCUGUGUUCAAAUAACUCUGUAUCCCUUUUUGAUUUUAGAGAGCUUUGUUAUCUCCUCCACUACAACUCUAUUAGAACUCUCGUUGAACAAUUAUCAGAAUAAUAUUCUGUGUUCUGUUUUCAUUUUACAAAGCUCCCUUUCUUGGUUUCUGUUUCUGUUGUAGUACAAAAGCUCUCUUUGUCCAACUAUAUUACAAUAUAAUUCUCUAUAUUCAACCCUGCUUGUCAAAAAAAAAAAAUUGUAUUUCCUUUUGAUUUUGUCUAGUGUCAUCCAAGUGUUGUUUUCCUGUCUUUCAUAUCCUCUACAAAAUAGUAUUACUCUGUUCGUUCUAUUUCGAUUUGCAAAGCUGAGUUUCCUUAUUUCCAUUUCAGUUGUUGUAGAAAAUUCCUUUUUGUUGUGUUAUGGCCUUUUACAUUUGUUUGAGAUGUUCUAAAUAAGUGUAUUUUUUGAUUUUUUUAUGAAAAAUGGAUUGAGUUUGAAAUGACAUGGUAGAGAAGUUAUGUGACUUAAAUAAGAUGACGUGACUAAAUAAGAUAGUGAGUUUUAAGCUUUUUAGAGGAUGCCAAACCUAAGUUUCACUAUCCUCACAAGAAACACCUGAGAAAUGGCUGCGAGCAUUGUUAUUCCCAUAGUAACAAAGAUAGUAAAAUUUCUGGUUGCCCCAGCCUGUCGUCAGUUUGGUUAUUUAAUUUUCUAUGAAAGAAACAUUGAAAAUCUCAAAAAGCAAGUCCAAAAGCUUGAAGAUGAAAGAUUCGGAGUACAAAAAUCAGUUGAAGAAGCAGAGAGAAAGAGAGAAAAUAUUAAACCAAAUGUCGAGCGGUGGUUGACAACGGUGAACAAACUCAAGGAAGAGGCUGAGAAAUUCAUCGAGGAUGAAGUGAAAGCAAGCAAAGGGUGUAUGAGCGGGCGGUGUCCAAAUUUGAUAUCACGCCGCUCCUUGAGCAAAGAAGCUAAAAAUAAAACUCAACUUGUGGAAAAGCUACGUGGAGAAGGAGAUUUCUCUGCUGGAGUGUCCUACCGUACACCUCGUGCGGGGAUAUCAUUCACAUCCAUUGGAGGUUAUAAGGGGUUUGCAUCUAGAAGCUCGAUUAUGAACGAUGUUAUGGAGGCACUGGAGGAUGAUGGUAUCUAUAUGAUUGGGAUAUGUGGGAUGGGAGGGGUUGGUAAGACAACUCUAGUGAAAGAAGUUGCCAAAAAAGCGGAAGAAAAGAAAAUGUUCGAUAACAUCGUGAUGGUAGAAGUGUCCCAAUCCUCAGACUUGAUUAAUAUUCAAGGUGAGAUAGCCAAACUAUUGGAUAUCGAAUUGUUUGGGGGAAACAAUUUAUUUGCGAGAGCAGAGGACCUACAAAAGGGACUAGGGAGGAGUGGAAGAGUCCUUGUAAUAUUGGAUGAUGUUUGGAAGACACUAGAGUUGAAUAAAAUUGGAAUUCCAUGUGGGGAUGAUCGCAAGGGUUGCAAAAUUGUGAUGACUUCAAGAAGUAAAGAUGUAUGCAACAGCAUGGGCACACGAGAGAAUUUUGAGGUUGGCAUCUUACAUGAAGAAGAAGCAUGGAAUCUUUUCAAGGAGAUGGCUGAAAUUUCCGACGAAGGUCCAUGUCAUCGAACUGAUUUGCAGAUGACGCAAAUGGCAGUUGCAAAGGAAUGUGGAGGCUUGCCAAUUGCUAUUAUUACAGUUGGGAGGGCACUUAGAUGCAAAAAAAAGUAUUCAUGGGAUGAUGCUCUUGAUCAAUUACAGAAGUGUAUUGUUAAAAACAUCAGCGAUGUAGAUGAAAAGGUGUUUAAACCUUUGAAGUUGAGUUAUGAUAAGCUUGAAAGUGAUGAAGACAAGAAAUACUUUCUGCUCUGUUCUUUAUAUCCGGAAGAUUUUGCUAUUCCAAUUGAAAAUCUCGUUAGAUAUGCGAUUGGGAUGGAGUUGUUUGAGCGCAUUGAUAGCGUGCACCAGGCAAGAAACAGAGUAUAUUCCUCAGUUGAUAAAUUAAAAAAUUGCUAUCUAUUGAUGGAUAGUAAAGAAGGUGAAUGUGUCAAAAUGCAUGAUGUCGUACGUGAUGUGGCUAUAUCAAUUGCAUCUAGGGAGGAGCAUCCAUUUGUGGUGAGAUGUGAUGAAGUAUUGAAAGAAUGGCCCAAGAAGGACCGACUCCAAAAAAACGCUGCAAUUUCAUUAAAAGUUGAUGGUAUGCAUUGGCUUCCUAGUAAUUUAGAAUUUCCAAAUCUCAAGCUUCUACAGUUGGAUUGCAAUGCUAGAUUACCACGAAUCUCAUAUGAUCUCAACGAAGGAAUGGAGGAGGUCAAAGUACAAGAGACCCACGAUAGUUUCUACCAAGGAAUGAAAGAACUUAAAGUGCUAGCUUUAUCUGAUAUGUACAGCUCGUUGCCGACAUCACUUGGAAGCUUGACCAACCUCCAAACCUUGUCACUUUUUCAUUGCCGACUUAUUGACGAUAUCUCUAUAAUUGGAGCAUUACCUAAUCUGGAAGUUUUGAGCUUUGCCGGCUCUUAUAUCAAGGAAUUGCCAAAAGAAAUAAUAGGUCACUUGAAGGUACUUGAUUUAUUGGGAUGUAUAGUGGAAAGGAUUUACCCAGGGUUUUUGUCAAGCUUAUCAAAGCUAGAAGAGCUGUAUCUUGGGUCUAUCUUUCAAACAUUGUUCAAAGUUGAAGAGAGCAAAGAAUGUGCUAAAGCAAUUAUCAAUGAACUAGCGUCCUUGUCCAAUUUGGCGGCUUUGGAUAUUGUUCUAUUAAAUAUGGACUUCUGGCCGAGAGGUAUUGAGAAGGUGAAAAAGUUCAAUAUAGUUGUUGGCGAUUACUUUGGUGGCAUCCCUGACCCUCGUUAUUCAUUAUCAAAUAAGUUGGAUCUCCAAGGUCAAAACUUGAGUGACAUUGAAACGAGGUUUGAUUUGCUGUUGAAGAGAACUGAAAUUCUGAUUUUAACCUCAACUGCAGUAAGUUUGAAAAUUCUCUGUGAUUUGGUCGACGAAGAUGGUUUUGAAUGCUUAAUGAAAUUGACACUAGACUACUUGACUGAAUUGGAAUACCUCAUCAAUACAACAGAUGGGGUUCCCCAGAGUGCUUUUCCUGUGAGUGUCUGUAUCUUCGUAAUCUAUAUAAUUUCAAAGGGAUUACUAGUCAUGAAUGUCAGGAAUACCGACUACCGAACACGGCUUUCCGUGCAUUGAAAGAGUUGGUACUAUAUUUCUUGCCUGAAUUGACAAAUAUGUGGAAGGGUCCCACCCAACUUGUAUGGCUCGGCAACCUGACGUCUGUAGAUGUGUUCUGGUGUCAUAAACUACAAACUACGUUCUCACUUUCCAUAGCUAGAGAUCUAAGGAAACUGCAGGACGUUCGGAUAACUCACUGUGGCAUGAUGAAAGCAAUUGUUUCAAGUGAAGGAGGAGAUGAUAAAAUUGAGUUUCCUAAACUAAAGCAAUUGUAUCUUAAUUACCUGCCAAGUUUUACUGCUAUCUACGAAGCUAUGAAUGCAAUUGAGCUACCACAACUGAGUUACUUGCAACUGUCGAAUAUGCCAAAGCUCAACUGUCUCUGUCCUGCUUCAGAUUCAGAGAGUAAUUGUGAUCCCAUCAUUCAACCCCUCUUCAACAACAAGGUUAAAUUGGCUACCAUUGAAAACUUGCUCAUCUAUGAAAUGGAGAAUCUGAGGGAGAUUUGGCCUGGGGAACUUCAAGCUAAACUAAGAGAGAUGACAGUUCGUAAGUGUCAUUGGCUCUCAAAUAUUCUUUUCCCAUCCAAUUCAAUUAAGGGCAUGCAAAAUCUUGAGCUACUGAUAGUAGAGGAUUGUCGAUCUAUAGAAGUAGCGUUUGACCUUGAAGGCCUUGUUUGGGAAGGCAUAUCAGAUAUGGCAUUCCCUUUAUUAAAACGGGUGGAACUACGCUAUCUACCAAAGUUGACACAUGUUUGGAAGGACAAUUCACAAGGAAUUCAAGGCUUUCAAAACCUAAGAUCCUUAAUAGUAAUUCAGUGCGACAGUUUGAGAAAUCUAUUCUCAUACUCUUUAGCCAAGCUUCUUGUGAAACUACAAGAAAUAGAGGUAACUGAAUGUGGCAUGAUGGAAUCUAUCAUUGCAAAUGAACCAAAUGCAGAUAUUGUAGUGAUACCAAAUAUAAUCAUAUUCCCUCAAUUGAGUAGUCUCAAACUCAGUGAUUUGCCAAACCUUAGGAGUUUCUGCUCUAGGACUUGUACGUUUGAGGGAUCGUUGUUGAAAAAAAUAAAAGUAAUCAACUGUCCCAAAAUGGAGAUACUCCCAUCAGCAUUUCAGCGCAAGCUAGAGCAACAAAAGGCACACUUUUCAACCUCAUCUCAACACCUCCUCUUCUAUGGAAAGAUGGAAGACUCUUCUAUCGAGAUCACAGAAGAAAACCAUUAUGCUUCGCAUGAGGCUACGGUGCAAGCAAUUGAAGCAAUUUCUUAAAGUUGAUUAGGGAAACUGGAGGAAGCAAUAGAGCAGCUUACACAGGCUAUUUUGCUCAACCCAACCUCAACAAUUAUGUAUUCAGGUUCUCUCACCGCAAUUGCUUCAGCCGAAGUCUUUUUUGAAGAACGUUUUCAUGAUUGUUGACUUUGCCCUGGCUUUGAAGGAAGCUGGGUGCUUCUGUUGUUUUGGAAUGUGUGCUUGCACCUGUUGCUGCUGUUGCAACAUCUGCUCUUCGAAUUCCUACCAUUGGUAUUGGGGCAGGGCCUUUCUGUAGUGGCCAAGUUAAUUGAUUCUUUAGCUCUCUUUACUACUCCUAAUAAUGAAUUGGACUUGACUGGCUUGUGUUGUGUAUAAUCUGUUUGCUUUUAUUUGUACAUAUAAUUUGUUAUCUAAUCUUAUAAUUUGAUUUUGAAGUACUAAAGUGGGAAUUUUAAUGAUAUCAUGUGUUCAUAUGUUGAGUUACUCAUGUAAUGAACUUUGAAUUUGCUCUC